CCCAUCGCAAUCAGUAUAAAAACACACACACACAGUAAAAUAGAUAGAGAGGCAGAUGUUGUGAUGGAUUAAAGUGGACAGUGAGACAUUUUGUGAGACAGCGGACAAGUCCCCCCAGCAUUACGCACCACACAGUGAUACCUCGGUGAGUCUUCCUGCAAAAGACACAGAACAAAAAGUACAAUUGUAGCCAGAACUGUUCAGCAAAAUCGGACUGUUUUCGCUGAGGUGACCAGCGAGUGAAUCAAAUUAGCUGGUUUAGCGAAGCUCCGCGGCUACGGAGAGAAGCUAGCGAUGCGUGUUAACGCACCGAGCGCCCCCGAUGCGCGGAGAAAAGCGGGGCUAGCCGAGCCAGCUAACGCUAGCCGAGCAAGCUAGCUCAGGCUAAAUCGCCUGCUAGCACAACAACAAGGCUAAAAGCGGCGGAAAAGUCGCCAAUACUCACGUCACUGUCGACUUCGAUGUCGUCGUUAUCGCUCAUCCUUCGAUACGAGUGUUCGCAGUUGGAGGGACGCGGGGCUAGAAGCACAACAUGGAGCGGUGGAGCACCGAGCGGCGCUGCGGCGGACAGACUGCUAACAGCUCACGAUCUGUGUGGACGAGAGUCCCGACGCCUCCACGUGACUGCACUCCCGCACACGGGACUUCCGCCCCGCAGCACGCAUGCGCCACACCCGCCGGGGCGUCUGGGAAGUGGAGUCGCCGAGGCGGGUGGUUUCCCUCCAUAUCGCGUGUGCGUCCCUGGAUUGUUGGCGUUUUUUCACAGGUGGCACCAGCAUGGAGGGCAUCAGGGACGACGCUGCUCAUUCGUGGCAAAACGACUCGUUUCUCUCGCUCAACACGACCGCUGUGUCACCGGGGGUGGACAUGGCCCUCAAAACACUCACGACAACUAUGGUAUGCAUCCUCAUGCUUUCAUUGGGAUGCACCAUGGAGCUGCCCAAGAUCAAGAUGCACAUCAUGAAGCCUAAGGGUUUGGUGAUAGCACUGCUCUCUCAGUAUGGAGUCAUGCCUUUCACCGCCUUUUGCCUUGCCAAGGCGUUCCAGCUGACUGACAUUAGGGCCUUGGUGAUUCUGGUCUGUGGCUGCUCUCCUGGAGGAAACCUCUCCAACCUCCUCACUCUGGCUCUGCUGGGCGACAUUAACCUCAGUAUGGUGAUGACUGCCUGCUCCAUGUUCCUGGCUCUGGGGAUGAUGCCCCUGCUGCUGUUAAUCUACUGUCAGGGUUUCCCUAACCUGCAUGAAGCUUUGCCCUAUGUCGGCAUCGUCAUAUCUCUCUCCUUACUCUUCAUAGCCAGCGGGGUCGGCAUCCUCAUCAACUUCUACAGGCCGCAGGACGCCAAAACCGUCAAAAAGGUUGGCUUCACUUUAGCGCUGGCCUGUUAUGUGGCGGUCCUUCUCAUCUUUGCCAUUGAGUUCUCCUUCUGGAGUUUGCUGUCUCCUCCUCUGGUGGUCUCCGCCGCUCUGAUGCCUCUCAUUGGCUACACCGUCGGAUACCUCAUCUCAUCGCUGUGCAGGCUCAGCCAACCGGAGCGGAGGACCGUCGCUAUGGAAACAGGCUGUCAGAACGUGCAGCUGUGCAGCGCCCUCCUGAAGGUCGCCUUUCCUCCCGCGGUGAUGGGCCCCCUGUUCCUGUUCCCCAUGGUCUUCGCCUUCUUCCAGCUGACGGAGGGGGCUGUGAUCGUCGGGCUGUUCAGGUGUCACCGGAGGUUCACGCAAAAAAAGAAAGGUGGGACUGAUGCUGGGGUUUUUAAAAAAGGUUCAUUAAUUAAGAGUAGACACGGAAGAAAAAAAGUCUGAAAUUAUUUACUGUAUUAUGCAUUGAUAACACAAAUUGUCUAUUCAAUUCAUUAUUAAUUCUUUAGUCUGGUUAUAUUCUUUAUUUAACAAAUGAUUGAUCCUUCUACGUCUCAUAUGCAUAACUGUAGUCACUUGACCUUGGGCAACACUAUGGAACCUCAUGAUUACCUUUAUGUCCACGAGUACUGCUGAACUAAAGAUCAGUACAAAAGACUUAGAAGUUAUUAAGAAGCAGCGUUUAAUCCAAAUAUUCAGCCAGAAAACUUAAAAUAUAACAGUUUGACUUGUUGCAUCAUGGGAUGAGUGGGACUAGGAUAGAUUCAUCAAACUAUUUAUUCAGCCAUUGAUUCUUUACUUGUUACGAUCCUGUCAUUCGUACUGACUUUGCUCCGUCAACCUUCUUCAUGGUCUCUCAGCUGCAGAGUACGAGCCAGCGCCCACUGACGACAACACAAAUGCGUUACCAUGACAGACUCACUUCAAAUGCCUCCU